UCAGGCAGCAGAGGCCAGAAGACCAGGAGACCCCCAUCGACACUGAGAAGGUCUCCACAGAAGCCUCGAGGUCUCCCCACACGAGAUACACGAGAGGAGCAGGCAGGCAGGGUGCAGAAAGGGCUGCUGCAGCUGCAGACAAGCCAGCCGCUCCAGUCAGAGCUAGCAGCAGCCAUGGCCACAAAGGAGGAUCAGACCGUACUGAGGUCAAGGGAAUUUAAGGACCCCGAAGCUAGCAAUUCCUACUGGUCAGGCCCGGAUACCAAGUCUCAGAGUUCCAGCGAUGACAGCAUGAUACCCCUGACACCCCGGGAGCUGGCAGCCUUCCAGGACAUCUUCAAACUGUUCAGCUGCAGCCCAAUGGGCACCGUAGACAUGCACAGCAUGAAGGUGGCUCUGCGCAACGUGGGCAUCCAGCUGGGCCCGCAGCAAAUGUGUGAGGCUCUGCGGCUGGCCGACCUAGAUGGUGAUGGAACUGUAAGCUUCAAGGAUUUCCUGGGAGUUCUCACUGACAACCACCACCUGGCUCAGUACAUGGGUCUAAUGAAGAGCAAUCGGGUCUGUGAGCCUCCGGGCCUGCAGACCCUGUUCCUCGAGGUGCUGUUCAAGCUGCUGAAACAGGGCUUUGUGCCCUCUAAAUCAGGGCAGGAGGUGAUAAGCUACUAUUUAAAGAAGCAGCGGGCUCUGCGGCUGAGCACGUGCAGUAAGAGCCGGGCGCGCGGCCAGGGUCGGCCUGCGCGUGCACACACGGGUCUCACCUUCUUCUGCCAGGCGGCGCGCCUCAGCGGCCUCUCCAGUACCCAGCUGGCGCGCUCCCUGCACACACUGUACAGAACGGGUGGGCGCAGCCCCUACUCUCAGAUUCCCAACCUGACCGGGCGCCAGCGACCAGAACGCAGGAUCUCGAACCGAGCCCCGGGCCCCGACGUUCGCUUCCCCAAUCCCCAUCAGCCAGGCCGCCCCAAGCUCCCUCCCAACCUGGGACCACUCAGCAAAGGUCCCCUCCGUCCUCCCGCCGGGCUAGCGAGCCAGCCGCUGGAGCAAAUGCGCCCCUCGAAGCUGGCUCCCUCUCCGCCAACUCUAGUGCAGAAGCACCCCUCCUCCCCUUCGCCAGCCUGUUUCCAGAGAUGUGCUAUGAAGAGCUUGUACAAGUAA